UCGUCGGUCGUGUAUCGUCGCUUCCAUUCAAGUCGUAUUAUUCACAUUCUGUAGUGUCUUUGUGCAGUAAAAGUAUGACGUGCAUAAGGAUGUAGUUUCUUCCAUAUAUAUAUUUUUAAUUAUAUUCACCUUCUGCUGCAGUGUCAGUAACUGUGAAAUAAACUCCAAACUUUUAUAUAAUAGCCAUGAGAAUUCUGAGAUAUACAACUCUUUCUUUUAAAUAUUGAAAUUGCUGUAUGUUCGCGUCAGACAUUACUUGCAAGUAUAGUGAAAGUUGUCCGUGUCUUUGACCUAAUUCAAUUCCUUAUGUCUCUUGGACAUAAAUGUACAUUUGCAACAUUCCAAAAUAAGAUAAGCUUGUUAUAUAAUAAUUAUUGUUGAUAAUAUUAUAUGGUUAUUAACAUACGAAAAGAACAGAAAUUUGAGUUGCCAUAAUGACGAGUACGGACACACGUGACGUAAUCCGAGUUGGGUCUCGGAAAAGCGAGUUGGCUUUGAAACAAACAAAAUAUGUAAUAGAAUGUUUAAAAGAGUAUCAUCCAACAAGUGAAUUUAAAAUAAUUACAAUGGUGACCAAAGGAGAUAAAAUCUUAGAUAAAUCUUUACCUAAAAUUGGGGAAAAAUCUUUAUUUACAGAGGAAUUAGAACUUGCCCUUGAAAGUGGUCGUGUUGAUUUUGUGGUACAUUCAUUAAAAGAUUUACCAACAUCAUUACCAGAAGGAAUGGCAUUAGGUGCUAUAUUAAAACGUGAAGAUCCACGUGAUGCAGUUGUUAUGUCUAAGAAGUACAAAAAUGAAACAUUAUCUACCCUACCAAAAGGUAGUGUGAUUGGUACUAGUUCAUUGCGUAGAACAGCCCAGUUAGCUAGAAAUAUGCCACACUUAAAAGUGGAAAAUAUUCGUGGCAAUUUAAAUACUAGAUUAAGAAAACUAGAUGAUGAAAAUGGUCCUUUUGCAGCAAUUAUUUUGGCAGUUGCUGGUUUAAAAAGGUUGAAUUGGGAGAAUAGAAUAAAUCAGAUACUGGAACCAGAAGAAGCACUAUAUGCUGUUGGACAAGGUGCACUAGGGGUUGAAUGUCGAGAGACAGAUUGGAAAAUAUUGUCUCUUUUAGAGCCAUUAUAUGAUGUGGAGACAACUUUAAGAUGUGUAUGUGAACGUUCUUUCCUAAAGACAUUAGGUGGUGGAUGUUCAGCACCAGUUGCUGUUUCUUCAAAUUUAAAAAACAAAACUCUUACGCUUACUGGUGCUGUGUGGUCUUUAGAUGGGCAGAAAAUGGUCAAAUGUACUUCUGAAAGUAAGCUUUAUAUACCUGAUGAUGAUGGAGAACCUCCAAAAAAAUGUCCAUAUCGAGAACCACAACUGUACUGUAGUGUUGCACCUGGCAAAGUAAGCAAUUUAAGUCUUUUGGGUGCUGAAGAGCUUGGUAAAGAUCUUGGGAAAAUUCUUAUACAAAAAAACGCUCUGGAUGUUAUGGCAGAAGCAAGGAAUGAAAUUUUAAACUCAAAAUAGCGCUCAUAAACUGCGAUAUAUAAAUUAGUUUUUCUUGAUGAUGAAAACAAAUUUAAAAAGUACGGAAUUUAAAAAUUUUAAUUCUGAUAUUCAAUUAAUUUAGAAAACCUAACUUAUAAAAGUUUCAUAGUAUAUUAUUGCACACUUUAUCAUAAUUUAAAAUGAUUAAGAAGGUUUAUCAUAUAUCAUAUAUUUCACAAUGUUCAUUGUGAUAACUAUAUUUAAUUGCUCAAAUUGUAUCCCGUUUAUCGCUUUGUAAAUGUAAAAAGAAUUGUACAGGACUGAUUAUAAUAUUAAAUACAAUUUAAGUAAAAGCUAUACACUGCCGUAUUAUAAUUUUCAAAUUAUACAAAAUGUUAUUGCAUUAUUUAUAAUAAUUUGCACCAUUUAACCUGUUGAAAUAAAGUUAUAAAUACAAAGGAGAUAUAUUUGGAAACUUUAUAUAUACAUGUAAAUAUUGUCUAUUUUUUAAAUACAAAUAUCAUUAUCAAGAAAACUAAUUAUAUUAACAUAGGUAUUAGGAUGAAAUAUGUUUACAGAAUAUUAUAUCAUGAAAAAUAUACAAAAUCUAGUAUUCACAUUUUAAUUUGUUAAAUGAUUAUAACGAUGAUAACGAGUUAAUUUAUCAUUGCAAAGCAUUGUAAGACAAUUUUUCUCGAUUCAAACAUUUCAUCAUUACACCUAUACAUAUGUAUUUCUCGUUUUUUAUUCUUACUGUGGGCACUUUUUUGAUACUUUAUUGCUUCCUUUUACCUUUAUCCGUUAUAUCAAGGGUGUGUUCAUUCAUUUUGCUGUCUGAAGAGAUGAAAUUGUACAUUUGUACAUUGAUUAGGAGCUACCUCUAUAGCGGCAGUGACUGAUCAGAUAACUCUAUAGUUAAUAGAAAUAAUAUUUGUAAAACAUUGUAUAACGUAGUUAUGUUAAGGGGAAUUAAAGGACAUAACAUAUUAUAUUA